CUCUCGCUUACGGUACAGUCUUUAACUUCAUAUCAGUGUGGACAAUUAUUCCUGGAACAAUGCCACUUCGUCAGAAUUUUUUCAUCAUUCUUGUGUGCUUUGGGAUUGUAUUGGCUGGACUCAUUUACCUGAACUCCAACCAGACCAGUUGCAAUCAGCAAAUAAUAAAACAAGUCUUCAUCGAGCCAAAGUGGAAGCUGAAGAACUUUGGAUUGCACUCAUCGCCGGGGAUUUUGUACAACCAGCCCAGUGUACUGGUAGGUCGGACAGGUGUUGCUUCUGUAACAUCAUGGUUAGCCCCAAUCAUUUGGGAAGGAACCUUUGACGCCACACUGAUCGACUUUAUCUACAAACAACAGAAUCUCACCAUUGCGACCACUGUUUUCGCUUUAGGAAAAUAUACACGUUUUCUCAAAGAUUUUCUGGAGUCAGCAGAGCAGCAUUACUUUGUUGGAUUUCGAGUGCAUUACUACUUGUUUACGGAUCUACCAGAAGAAGUUCCUGAAGUUACGAUGGGUGAAAACCAUAGCUUGACAGUUCGAAAGGUUCCAAGUUUGAACAGAUGGCAGGACAUUAGUAUGGGCAGGAUGGAAAUACUGGAAAAACUAAUAGGGAAUGAACUGGCCAAUGAGGCAGACUAUAUUUUCUGCCUUGAUGUAGAUACAAAGUUCUAUGGCCGUUGGGGUGUGGAGACUUUGGGUCGUCUGGUAGGUGUGAUACAUCCUUGGUUCUUUGAUGCUCUGAGGAAUCAAUUCACAUAUGAGCGUAGACCAGAAUCUCAAGCAUAUAUUCCAGCUGGGGAAGGUGAUUAUUAUUUUACUGGAGCUGCAUUUGGUGGCUCAUUGGAAGAUGUACAUCAUCUCACCAAAACCUGCCGGGAGCAGAUGAACAUUGAUGCUGCAAACUCCAUUGAGGCUAUAUGGCACGAGGAAUCUCACUUAAACAAGUAUUUCCUUUAUAACAAACCUAGCAAAGUGCUUUCACCUGAAUAUCUGUGGCGGGACAUCAAUGCCGGAGCAGCACAAAUAAAAAUAAUUCGCUUCACUCAUGUUUCUAAAAACAAUGCAGAAGUUCGUCCAAACCCAUAGCAACUGUUGCCAAUACUCAGCUACACUGCCAUGGUGUGUUCCACAGGACUCCUAUAAAAUAUUGUAAAUUUGUUAAGAAGUAAUACUGAAAAUGAUGAAGUCGACAACUGCCACCAUAAAAUGGUUAAUCACAGACAUGUACAGAUUUUUAUAACCACAAAGUUGCACUUGGAACUAAAUCUGCCAAA